CAAUGGCAGCUAUACAAAGAUGUGCACAGAGCACAUUAAAUUGGGAUCAUUUUGAAACGGAGGGUCUUCUUCUUCUUCAAAUGCAUCCUGCAAUUCUUCCUCAAGUCACUAUUGUAGGUCUGGCUAUUAUUCUAGCAUGGUACUUUGAUACUUUCGACUUCGGCUUUUUCAAAUUCACCUCAAAAGAAAAAGGUGAUCCAGUGGACGAGCUUUUAAAAAAGAAACACCAAGUUGUGGGGAAGGAAUGUAUUCCAGGAAAAGACACUUGUUUUCUAAUUGUUGACUCUUAUUUCUUAGAAAAUGGAAGAUUAACCACAAAGCGAGAUCUACUUCUUGAGGAAAAUACUGAAUAUUCUCUGACAGGAGUGGAAGUUGAGUCAGUGAAACCAGUUUCGUGGAACAAUCUUGACUCAAGAAAUUGGCCUGUUAAUAAACUUGUGAUCAACUCGAGAUACGCAAGACUCCUCGUUGCAUCUGGAUUCAUAAUGAACAGCCUGAAUUUCGACGAAUCCGAUCACCAAGAUGUUCUAAUUGCCGGACUUGGUGGUGGAGUGAUGAGCAACUUCUUUUCUCAAAUAUCCUACCUCAAUAUUGAUACAACUGUUGUUGAAAAAGAAGAGUUUAUAAUCAACAUCGCGGAGAAUUAUUUCGAUCACUUUGAAACGGACGAGAUGAGAAUUAUAAACACCGAUUUUGUGGAUUACUUACGAAAAUAUGACAAAAAAUAUGACGUUAUUAUUGUCGAUGCCUGUGAAAACAAAAAGACAAAUGUGAUGUGCCCAGUCUCAGAGACGCUGAAAAUAAAAACAGUUCAACUUUUGAAAAAACGUUUAACCUUAAAUGGAAUUCUUGCAGUGAACGUGUUUGUGACUCAAGAUAAUAUUAAAUCAGAAAAAGAAAUCUUUGAACUAUUUUCCAACGAGUUUAACUCUUGUUUCUAUUUGGAAUACUUUAAAAACAAAAAUGUCCUGCUCUGUUCCAAAAGAGACAAUUGGACGUGGAAAAAACAGAAGACAGAGUUUAGCAAAAAUGUUGAAAUAGUUGAUGAUAUGUUCGAAUUCAAGUUGUCCCGUUUUCUUCAUUGAUUUUUUAUCAAUUUUUCCAACUUCUGUUUUUUGUUGCUACUUUUCAUGGUAUAAACACUAAUAAACCUGACGAAUCCCGUU